CUGCAGCCGGGACUUUCUCCUAAUAAUAGAAGGAGGAGGGAGGAGAAGAAAAGGUCUGUUAGCCUGUUAUUCAGUGAAAACUAGCGAAAACUGCGAAACAUAGAUUUCUGAGGAUUUUCCAUCUUCCAAGCCCUGGAUCCUGGUUCCCGGUCAGUCAUGCCCGCCCUCCAUCUGGGUCCUCAUCCGGUAUAGAAAUUUUCCAUCACCUUGAUGAACUCGAACUUAAACUUUGACGGACAUCAUGUCCCGGAUGUGGCUGGAAUUAGAGCAUCCUAAUAAAAGCUUGCAUCAACCCAUCCUGUUGGUGUGCAAAUUUGAAUUAGAAAAGAAUGCAAACCAGUUUAUACUUCCUAAACAAUGGAAAAGCUUGGUGGCUCUGGAGAUCAUACAUCCAAUCAUCUAAGCCAAACAUCUAAUAACAUAACAAUACCUCUGGAAACUAUUUUAAAGUACAAGGAAAUCCUUUCUUCUGAAGGACCAACGACAUUUGGAAGUGACUGGAAACGACCGCCACCAAGUCUGCAAAUUAGCAGUGGCCAAAUUCAGUUUUCUUCAUCUUUCAAGCGCCAAAAUGCAUCUUCUGCCUCAACGACUAUGAAUACACAGCAGUCUAUGUCACACAUGAUUGUUCUGAAUACUAAUAAUCUCAGUGGAAGCUGGAAGAAUAAUCAAUACAGUCAGCAGCAGCAUGUGAAGAUUACUAAUUUUUUACCUAAUGACACCAUCUGCCUGGGAUUGUUCAGUGAUGGACAUGUUGGACAUUUUGGUGUUAAUUUAGCACAAGCUCAAACACUCAAAUGUUGUCAUGGAAAUGCUUGUAUGCCUAAAGAUAUCUAUCAGCAGAAGUAUGUGUCUCAGAAAGCUAUUGCUGUUGUCACACCAUUGACUCAGCAGGUGGUGGCAGGUGUGACAUUUUCAAAGAACCUGACCAAAGUGAAGGAGGGAGGCCUUGAAACAAGAUCUGUACCAAAUACUGACAAUCGACUGUACACUCCACAUACUUUACAAUCAACAACUAAUGAAAGUGGUGAGACACCUUUGUGUGAUAAAACAUUGCAAACAAAUGAAGUACCGUCAAAAUCAGUAUUAGCCACUGGACUUUCCCAUUGUAUAAAGGAUGAUGGGCCUGCUGAGAAUUAUAAACUUCAUGUUGAGAGUGAAAGAUUGUCCUCAGUCCCUCUUAAUAGUGUGAGUAUGGAGAGAAAGGAGGCAGUACAGCUGUAUCCCACUGACGAUAACACUAGUGCUAAAUUUCUGAAUGAAGAUGAUGCUACGGUGAUGGGCAGAAAUUCUGAGGGCACAGAAACUAGAAUGGAUAAGUUGUCUACCUUACCUGUAAAUGAGUGGUCUCUUCAGAGAUUGCACACUUUGGUGGCUGACUUGGAGCAGAUGCAAAUAAGUCAGCAGAAAGAAAUGCCUUUUAAUGACCUCUCCAGUGAGAUUCUAAAGUUGUAUUGGAAUGGAGAUUAUAAGAAAUUAUGCAGUGUAGCAAAAUCAAACAUUUAUGUCGACAUCAUUAAAGAAGUCAGACUUCACUGUGGAAGAGAAAAUUCUGUAAUACUCCAGGGAGUUUCGAGAGAGAGACUGAAUGAAGUUGCAUCAAGCGUUCACAUUUUAGAACAUGGCAUUGCACCACCCAAGAUGGUGUACACAUCAUCCUGGUUGAAUCUCAAUGAGAAACUCAACGAUAUAGACAUGGAACAUGAUUGUCUGUCAUCCUUAAUGACUUUGCAUCUCAAACCGAAAAUUGCUGACAAGGGAGUGCCAAUGAAAGAGACUGAAAACAUACAGGAGCAUACAAAUGAGAAGAUAAAGGUAUCUAAUAAAGCACUAAGUGGAGUAGAGAGACUGAGAAGACAAUUAUCACCUGAGCAUCAAAAGAACUCAAGUGCUGAAGGUUACAAAAUGGUAAGAAAAGAGCCAGUGGACAUGGAUGUUGUAAAUACAUGUUCUGUCAAAGAGACAGAAGGGCAAGAUAGUAUGUCUGUGAAAAAUGUGCAAACGAAAACAGAGCAAUCAGAGAAACGAAAUAAAACAAAGUGUGAAAAAGAGGCACCCUUGGUACUGUCUUCAAGUACACAAUCAUCAGAUGUGAGUGACUGCUGUAUAAAACCAGGGAAUUUGCUUAAACUCCCCACCACAGACAUAACACCUGUGUUGGACAAAAAUGGUUCUGCAAACUCCAUUUCUGUUGAGAUGAGCAUCCUUCCACCAGAGAAACCUAGAAGAUUGCUUGCUGUUGAGCCAGAUGGAGAGGUGGACAACAUGCAAAAAGGAGACACACAAAUUUCGACAGACAGCAAGGGUCAAGACACUGUGGAAUUAUUUGCCCAGGAUAUAAAUCACAUGGACACUGAAAUUAAAUCAGAUGAAAGGAGCAAUAGAAUUCAAAUCAAUUCACAAUUGGAGAACUACUGUUGUCUCGUUAAAUGGUUCCAAAUUUUGGGCUAUAGCAAUGGAGGACUUUGUGAGUGUGAGAAAAUGUCUGAGUUGAGUCAUGAUGCUGACACCUUGGGCAAAAGUGUGAAGGAGGUAAAUGCAGAUGAGCACAAGCAUCCUUUCAACAAAGCUUGUAAGCUCACUGUUACUGAUAUUUGUGGGCUGAGAGAUAACAGACAGACAAAAAAUAGACUUGGAUACAGAAGCAUGACUAGAAAAAAUUCUGUUACCUCACCCAUUGAUGAUGAUGAUGAUGAUGAUGAUACCAGCAUGGAUGAGAUUGAGAUUGUGGAUGUCGUCACAAACUAUGAAGAUGUACUUAAAAUAGAAAAUGCAAUGUCAGAAGAGUUGAUGGAAACGCCACUUGUAGCACGUACUUCACAUGAGUCCAUAACAGGCAGAAAACAUUGCAGAGAUCACCACAAAGAGAUCACAAUGCCAGAGUAUAAGACAGUAGAUACACUAAUAAACCUUGCAUUAUUUGGCACCUCUAACCUGAGACAAAAGAAAAAUAUUUCUGGCUUCACGUCAUUGGAUACAGUGCAUCUUCCCCCAGAAACAAUUAAUGUAAGAAUAGGUUCUGGUUGGAAUGAAUACCCUAACGGUACUAAACGCCAGACUCCUAAACAACGAGUUAGGAAUUCCUGGAAGAAGGCCUAUGUGCCAUCAAAGAGGUCUAAUAACAGAAGGUCAAAGAAGCAGAAAAGUGCAAAAACACCAGAAUCAAAAAAUGAUGCUGCGGAUAACUCUGUGAUGAAAACAUCAGCGUUUGAUCUGAUUACUACUUUGAUGUCAAAUGAAGAAGAUGCACAAACACAUCGGACUGAAGCAAAAUAUGAAAAUACAUUCUCUGACAAACAGAAAAAUACAGAUACAGCUCAAUCCAAGAAAAAAUCCAGGAAAAAAAAAUGUUCUACCAGAAUGGAUAAAAUAAGGAAGCUGAAACGAAAUAAAGUUUUGCUAUCAUUUAAUCUCAACAAGAGAUGGAAUUAUGCAAAUAAUGGGAGUAAACAAAUUAAGUCCUCUUUUGAUCCGGCUCAUGCUAUUAAUACAAGUAAAAAUACAUUAAACGCUGGUUUGGCCUUAAACUUUGGAGUUCUGCCAGAGUCUUUCAACAUGUCAGAUGUUAAUUCCUUCAUGGAAGCCAAUCAGUCUGCAAGUGCAGAUAGUGGUUCAAAAGUUACAACUGUGAAGCAGAUUAAAAGGAUUAAAAGGACAUGGGACAUGUCAGGUACUUGGUGUAAUAGCCCUAGGAAGAAACAGUGCCUCAAAUAUACCCCUACCCUACCAAGUACAUCUGGGCCCAGCACAUUCCAAGAAUUCAAGAAGAAAUAUGAAGAAAAAAAGCAGAAAAUUCUUACCUAAUUUUCUUUUAAACUUUAUAAAAAGAAGACAUGCUUGAAAUGAUGCUUUAAUAAAAAAUAUUUUUGUAAUUCUGUACAUAGUUUGUGUAGUUAUCUAAUAAAUUAAAGACUUUCAGUUUAUACAGAAAAAAUAAUCACUUUAAUAGUAAUGCAACAGAGUGAUAAAUGUGACCUUAUUAAAACACCGCACUCCAAGGUUUAUGUAAAAUUGUUUGAAACGGAGACACUAUUAUAUCUACUGACCAUAAUGCUGCUUGAAAAUAUCAAAUAGUAUUUGUUGGCAUUAAUGCUUGUUUAAACCACUGUUUACAUUUAUUUCUUGUUUUUAUUUCAUGAUGUAUAUAAAAUGUCUUUUUUUUAUGUUUAAAUAUAAAAUCUAAAUUUGUUGUAACACCA